AACGAUGGGAAAGGGAGGGGCGUUAAUUGCUACGAAUCCUACGUUCAAGGGGGGCAUGGAGGCACCAGACACUUGUGUGUUAGAUUUAAAAUGGGAAAGGGUUGGUUAUAAUGAGUUGAAAGUUGGGAGGGACAGGGUUGGUUGUUUUCUGAUCGAGAUCGUGGCAGUGGCUGUGGUUUGGUGGUGGCGGCAAUGGCAUACAGGAGAAGACACGGAAUAUCCAGAGCUUCCACCUUCAAGGAAGAGGUUCAUCCAGAUCAUGAUAAUGCCAAUGACCCAACUCCUCUUCCAUCUUUGUCCUCUUCCUUUUCCUUCACUCCAUCUUCCUCAUCCUCCCUUGCUGCUCAGGCCAUCAAAGCCUCUGCUGCUCGUCGUGAUCCCUCUCUUUCUUUUACUUUUCCCAAAUCUGAACAUGAUCAACAUCACAGAUCAAAGAGCUUUGACGCUUACGGGGAUGUUUCCAAGUCUGGUGUGUGGGGCGUCCUCGCCAAGAAAGCCAAAGAAAUUCUAGAGGACGACAAGUCAUCCCCACAACACAACAACGUCGUCAAUAUCAAGCCUGUCGUCGACAUCGACAAACUCAAAUCACACUCUUUUAAUACCUUUGCUCCUAAUAAGGCAGCAGGAGAUCACAGAACUCCAAUUAAACUAAAAGAAAUUUCUCCAGAUCAAUCAAAUCAAACUGCAGCAGAUACGUGGAAUCCAUGGCAGCAACCAGACCAGACAGGAGGAGGAGGAGCCUCUCAAACUAUCCAUGAAACACAACUCAAGGCAUCUCGCGACGUGGCAAUGGCAACAGCUGCCAAAGCAAAAUUACUUCUUCGGGAGCUAAAAACCGUUAAAGCGGAUUUGGCUUUUUCUAAAGCACGCUCUGCUCAACUAGAAGAGGAAAACAAAAUGCUCCGGGACCGCGAGGGUACCGACAAGGGACAAAACGUUACCCGUGCAGAUGAUGAUUUGAUCCGGCUUCAACUAGAGACACUUCUUGCUGAGAAGGGUCGAUUAGCUAGUGAGAACGAGGUAUAUGCACGGGAGAAUCGUUUUCUACGGGAAAUUGUUGAGUACCAUCAGUUGACCAUGCAGGAUUUGGUGUAUCUUGAUGAGGGCAUGGAAGAAGUCACAGAAAUUUAUCCCUUAGAUACCACUGGCACUGUGGUUCCUCGGGUGUUGCCAAAGUCCCCACGCUCGCCUUUAAGUCGAGGAGGCUCGCAUACUAAAUCAUUUUUUUCUGUGCCACAAAUACUAGAACAAGAACAAGAAAACAAUGUUACAUCAGAGUUAGAUGAGGCUCCUCCUAGUAUCGAUAUCUCAGUCUCAGUUUCUAAAGAUCAGCAUGCAAAGUGAUCUUUAAUUUUAUACAUGUGUAGUUUGGUUUAGCCUUAGAUGGGUUUCUUACUAGUGGAAAAUACAUAUAUAUGCACAAUGCAUGCAUUACUUGUAAGAUUUAUUCACAUGUUUCCCAAGGAAAGAAAAAAUUAAAAUAGGACCGACGAUGGUUAGUGUUGUACGUGUUCCCCCGAAACAAAAACACAUUUGUUGUUAAUUGAUUCUGGAUC